AUGAGUCGUAUCUAUGUGGGUCGUUUGCCGUUCCGGGCCGGGGAACGCGACUUGGAGAGAUUCUUUCGAGGAUACGGCAAAAUCACUGAGGUGUUGAUGAAGAACGGUUACUGCUUCGUUGAGUUCGCGGACAAUCGCGAUGCUGAAGACGCCGUACGUGAACUGAACGGACGUACACUGAUGGGAGAUAGAAUUGUUGUGGAGAUGGCGAAGAGUCGACCACGAGGCAAAGACAUGUUCAGAUAUCGUUCACGAUCCAGAUCACGCGAUCGAAGACGUAGCCGUAGCCGUGAUCGUAAACGUCGCAGUCGUUCAAGAGAA